UACUUCAACUUCCCUUCGUUUCCUAUCAUUUGAACCUGGUCUCUUCUGUCAACCUCUGUCCACCCGCUGUCCACCCGCUGAAUCGGUCAUUGGAAAUCGUCGAUUCGCCUGCGUUCGCCCGUCCGAUCAUCGCUCAGUGUUGUCGACAAAUGUCCAGCGGGAACUGGGGUUCAACAGCUCGUGGCCAUGGUCACAGGAAAUGCAGACUUUCGUUAUCCGCCGCCCCCUGCUGGCGCGCAUGAUAUCCCUAGCCGGCGCAGAAUCCCGAACCCACCCCGCCUGGAUCCUCUGAGACUCAACCCUCCCUUUCCACGACCGGCGACGGCGGACGGCCCUCGGCCGCCCUUCUCCCCUCACCCUCCUCCUCCUGUGCCUCGUUCCCCCCGGGUCCGCCCACCAAUCCCACCGCCGUCCGAUCCCUCAUGGCGCUCGGUCUCCCCCUUACCUGUGGAGGAUGACGACUUGGUCAUUCGCCAACAGGCUUACCGCUCCCCCACCUUUCCCCUGCAGCCGCCUGUUCGGUCUAGGGCCGCCCCCCGAGAAGGGGAGGUGGAUCGUCCACCUUACCGGAAGUCCCCGCCUGCUCCGCCAGCGUUGCGCACGUCCAAUUCUACGUCGAAGCUACAUAGCAUGCGUCCGCAGCUGCACCCUCAUCGAAAUCGAGAACGCCGGCCAGACGAAUCCGCCGCCUUGAGACUGCCCCGAAUCAUCCCGCCUGGGACAUACGCCGAGAUGCGCGGGCAAGAUGCUCUUCGAUCCAGCGUGAACUCGGCCAUGACCUCGCGGUCGAGCAUUGAACAUGCCAGCGGAACCGAGCGGAGCAGUGUCCUGACCAAAAGUAGCUCGAUCACCGAUCUGUCGCCCGAUACCCCGGAUGGCUCCUAUGAUAAGGAGGGUGGGAUGAGUGUGGAAGAUGCCAUCUCAAUGUACCUGGAUGGCUUCAGCGAUGUCACCGAAGAACCGGGAUCGCCUGGGGUAUAUGACUCCUCUGGAUUUUAUGAUGAAAGCAAGGCGAGGCCAUUGAGUCCACGUCCACCCACGGAGAUCACCCUCGAUGAUUGUCAUAGCUCGGAUGAGCAUUCGCCUGAACUGGAACCCACCGAAGAUGUUCCGCCCGUUCCCCCCUUUCCAGCGCUGGAGGAUCACGGCAGGAGCUCACCGGAUGAAGAAUUUCUGGGGGAGGCAGCUUCCCACAACCAGUUGCCGAGCCCUCCUUCGGAACGCAAGUUUUUGGAUCCGCCUGUUACACGAGAGCCGGAGACCACGGUCAUCAUUCCUGGCAUCGUGCCGCCGCCGUUACUCCCCGGCAAUGGCGCCCGCGACUGUUAUGGCUUCCGCAAGGCCACUCACCACGUUACCCUCGUCCAGUAUGAAGCAUGGCAUGCCCAGUAUAAGGAUUACACCUCUCAGCGAAGAAUCAAAUGGGUGGAGCUGCUUCGAGAGAAUCGGCUGCCUGUUACCGAUCCGACGACGUUUCCUCCCAAAUCGAACAAGGUCAAACGGUUCGUGCGCAAGGGCAUCCCAUCUGAGUAUCGCGGCGCAGCAUGGUUCUUCUAUGCGGGAGGCUACGAGCAUCUGAAUCGAAAUCCCGGCCUCUAUGAUCAGCUGGUUCGACAGUCGAUGGAGUCCCCUAGCAACGACGACAAGGAACACAUCGAACGUGAUCUGCAUCGGACCUUCCCGGACAAUAUCCAUUUCAAGCCGGAGAACGUCGACUCGGCCGCUAGCUCUGGUAGCAGCAACCCGAGACACGGUUCCGUCACGGUGGAAACGGAGAUGAUCCAGUCGCUGCGGCGCGUCCUGUAUGCCUUUGCUCUCCACAACCCGCAGAUUGGUUACACCCAGUCGUUGAACUUCAUCACCGGGAUGCUGCUGCUGUUUCUUCCGGAAGAGAAGACCUUCUGGAUGCUGCACAUCAUCAGUUCCGUCUAUCUCCCCAGCACGCAUGAGAUCAGUCUCGAGGGCGCCAACAUCGACCUGUGGAUUCUGAUGGUGCUGCUGAAGGAAUCGGCGCCCAACAUCUACAACAAGAUCGCCGGGAGUGGACCUGGCGCGGGGAGCGGGAAGGUGCCUGCCCUCACCGUCAGCUCGCGUCUGCCCGACAUCACGCUGGGGCUGACCAACUGGCUCAUGUCCGUCUUUAUUGGCACCCUGCCGCUGGAGACGACACUGCGAGUCUGGGAUGUGUUCUUUUAUGAAGGGUCCAAAACCUUCUUCCGGGUGUCGUUGGCGAUCUUCAAGUCGUGCGAGCAGGAUAUCAUGGGGGUGUCGGACCCGAUGGAGGUGUUCCAGGUGGUGCAAACGGUCCCGAAGCGGCUGUUGGAUGCGAAUUCGCUGAUCGACGAUUGCUUUGUCCGGCGACAUCGGGUCGGACAAGGGCGGAUUGAGGAACUCCGCGCGGCGCGACGGACGGCAGUGCGCCAGGAGAACAUGCGUCGGUCGCGGGCGAUGAACAUGGGCCAACUUCAGGCGGCGACGGACGACUGGGCGCAUGGGCGCUCGCGGACGCCGACGCAUGGGAUCGAGCGCAGCAUCGCGGAUUCCUGGCGCCACAUGAAGCGACACCAUGGCUUUCGAUGAAAGGGCGGGGAGGAGGGCGUUGAGGUUGCCCAGGCGGGCAUGCUAUGUAUUUAUUGAUACCCAGAUUAGCUUGAUUCUACACUCUUCGGCUGUUUACUCUUAUGGGGGGGGGGUUUGUGUGAUGCAGACGUCACUUGUUUGUUACUCGGUUCAUGACUGAUCAUUGCUGUUACACUGCUAAUACUUAAUGAAAGACCGGCAGGCAGACCAUGGUGUACUGUACAUACUAUACAUAGACAGAGACAGACACGACAGAGUGGCAAUUAAUGUUUCUUUUGUUUUGAUGACG